AUAUGAACACCAUUAUAAUAAAUGUAUAUUUUGUUUGGAUAUAGUAUACUAAUUUAUCAAGGCUAUAAGAAAAUGGAAAAUUUUGCAGGUCCCAUCUACACGGAGACCGUACUAUCAGCUCUCCAAACAGUUCAAAAUGACGUGGACGCGUAUGGGAUACAAAUCAAACAUUUUAUAAAUGAUUUUUAUGAAAGUGGUCCGGCAUCUAUUGAUGAAGAUUUAAGUUUAGGUCUUCAGAUGAUAGAGGAAUACGAACACAAAUUCAAAGAAUUGUUUGCCAAAAAAGAUUCGAUGAUGGCAACGUCGGUAUUACUAGAAAUGUCUCAAGACCCUUUCAUACGUUUGGAUAACGUAUAUCAAGAGUUUAAAUGCUUUCGUUUAUUGUUUGAUUUGUAUUCACGUCAAACUGACGCAAGAAAUGUUUGGGCUGAAACGCUUUGGUCGGAAUUAAAUCCGCAGCUACUGUUGGAAGGCAUGGAUAGUUUCCUAAAAGAGUUCAAACGUUUUCCAAAACAGUGUCGUUCACUAAAAGCUGGAUUGGCAUUAGAAAAUGAUAUGAAGACUUUUAAAAAUUCCAUAUCACUAUUUACUGAGUUAAAAAACGAAGCGAUGAGCGAAAUGCAUUGGCAGAAACUUAUGGACCAAACUGGUCAACAUUUCGACAUAAGUCCUGAAAUGUUUACAUUAGAAAACAUUUUUAGUAUGAACUUGGGCAAUUAUAAAGACGUAUGCAUGGAAAUUGUUGGAAAUUCGGUUAAAGAAUUGAGUAUUAAACGAUCCAUUGAUGAUGUGAAAAAAGGCUGGGAUAAAAAGAUUAUUAAUGUUAUUCCAUAUAUAAAAAAUAACGAAAAUCGAGGAUUAAUUUUGGGAGAUUUGACCGAAAUAUUUCAAUUACUUGAAGACAAUUUAAUGACUCUCCAAGGCAUAGCCGGUUCACAAUUUAUUGGUCCAUUUCAAACUAUUGUGUUAAAAUUGGAUAAAGACUUAACGUUAGUUGGUAGUAUCCUAAAUGCAUGGAACCAAGUGCAAUUAAAAUGGAUGUAUUUAGAAGAAAUAUUUCUCAAUGAUAAAUUUCGUCUUCAAUUACCUGCUGAAGCAUUGCAAUUUGAUAUGCUGAAUCAACCAUUCAAAAAGCUAAUGGAAAAUACCCAAAUAAAUCCAGAAAUAAUGAGACUAUGUCAAAUUCCGGGAUUAUUAAACGAUUUAAAUGAAUUAUUUGAAGGAUUUGAAUUAUGUCAAAAAUCACUAAAUCAAUACUUAGACUAUAAACGAAACUAUUUUUCGAGGUUUUACUUUUUAUCUGAUAAUGAGUUAUUAUCAGUUUUGGGCAAUACAAAUCCUAAUGGAAUUCAGGAACAUAUUGUAAAAAUGUUUGACAAUGUGGGAAGUUUGUUGUUCGAUUAUGAUUCUCAGAAAAAUACACUAGUAAAAGCCAUGGUUUCAUGUGAAAAAGAAACUAUGACAUUUACGAAUAAAGUGAUGGUGAAAGGUUUAGUCGAAAGUUGGAUGAAAAAUGUGUUACUAGAAAUGUGGACAUCAAAUGCAUAUUUAGUAAAAAAAUCUAUUUUCGAUUAUGGUAAUACCAGAAAAUCUAGAUGCAAAUGGAUGUUAGACCAUCAAGGACAGAUGUGUUUGGCUGCAAACGGAGUAUGGUGGACUGCAGAGGUCGAAAACGUAUUUUCGGAACUUGCCAAAGGAGAUAAUUAUGCUAUGAAAGAUUAUUUAGAAACAUUGAAUAAUCAGUUGAAUGAAUUGGUAAUACAAGUGAGAGGGGAUUUAACAGCAAACGACCGAAAAAAAUUUAACACCGUACUCAUUGUCGAUGUUCACGCCAGAGAUGUAAUUGAAAAUUUCGUUCGAGACGGUAUUGUAAAAAGCCAUAACUUUGAAUGGGAAAGUCAGUUGAGAUUUUAUUGGAAAAAAGAAGUUGACAACUUAAUCGUCAUCCAAUGUUCCGGUACAUUUGCGUACGGAUACGAAUACAUGGGACUGAACGGUCGUUUGGUUAUAACUCCGUUAACAGAUAAGAUCUACUUGACAAUAACUCUAGCACUUUCAAUGCAACUAGGUUGUGCACCAGCUGGACCUGCCGGCACUGGUAAAACUGAAACAGUCAAGGACUUGGCAAAAGCCUUAGGAAUACUGUGUAUGGUGACCAAUUGUGGAGAAGGAAUGGAUUAUCAAGCAUUUGGCAUUAUAUUAGAAGGAUUAUGCCAAUGUGGAGCUUGGGGUUGUUUUGACGAGUUCAACCGUAUCGAUGUUUCUGUUCUUUCUGUCAUAUCGACUCAAUUGGGUACAAUUAGAAAUGCAUUGCUCGGAAACAACAAAAUAUUUAUGUUUCGAGAUAGAGAUAUCAAACUUGACCAUAAGGUGGGUGUGUUCAUAACAAUGAAUCCUGGUUAUGCCGGACGUACCGAAUUACCGGAAACAGUGAAAACAUUUUUCAGACCAGUUAUCUGCGUACUACCUGAUUUAGAGCUGAUUUGUUUAAUCAUGUUAUUUUCGGAAGGAUUUUUAAAUGCUAAAGUAUUAGCCAAAAAAAUGUCAGUUUUAUAUAAAUUAGCUAAAGAACAAUUAUCAAAGCAAGCACAUUAUGAUUUUGGAUUAAGAGCAUUGAAAUCUGUGCUCGUUAUUGCUGGAGAAUUAAAACGAAAUUCGCCGGAAAUCGAUGAAAAUAUAGUAUUAAUGAGAGCGCUGAGAGACAUGAACUUACCUAAAUUUGUUUAUGAUGAUGUACCCUUAUUUUUGGGACUUAUUUCGGAUUUAUUUCCUGGAUUAAAAUGUCAAAGAGUUACGUAUCCUAAAUUCAGUGAAGCUAUCAUGGAUGAAAUGCGAAAAAAAUCAUAUACUGUUUUGGAUAAUCAGAUAGAUAAAGUUACACAAUUAUAUGAAACCAUGAUGACAAGGCAUUCAACUAUGGUUGUAGGUCCCACUGGAGGUGGAAAAACGGUAGUUAUAAAUACUUUAAUUGGUGCACAGACUUCACUUGGGUUACCUACGACUGUUCAUAUUUUAAAUCCAAAAGCAUGUACCGUAGUCGAGUUAUAUGGUUUUUUUGAUCUCGUCACUAGAGAUUGGACGGAUGGACUUUUGUCAAAUAUUUUUCGUGAGAUAAACAAACCUAUACCAGAAAAUCAGCCCGAAAGAAGAUACAUAUUAUUUGAUGGUGAUAUAGAUGCUCUAUGGAUCGAAAACAUGAAUUCAGUUAUGGAUGACAAUAAAUUGUUGACAUUAGCUAAUGGUGAACGCAUAAGGCUGCUACCGCAAUGCGCGUUGUUAUUUGAAGUCGGCGAUUUAAAAUAUGCUUCACCCGCUACAGUCUCUAGAGCUGGUAUGGUGUACGUAGAUCCUAAGAACCUUGGGUACACUCCUUACUGGGAUAAAUUUUUGUCAAGAAGAAAAGGUACGGAAAAAAAAUGUUUAAACCAGUUGUUCAAAAAAUAUGUACCUGUUAUUUUGGAUCGUAUAUUCGACGGUUAUUAUGGAUUCGAAAAAUUCGCCCCGUUAAAGUUGAUCAUAUAUCAAACUAAAUUAAAUAUGGUUACGCAACUGUGUUUUAUGUUGGAUGCAAUAUUAAAAUUACCAGCCGAAGAUGAAAGCUCUUCUUAUAUUUCAUCGAAUGAAAAUCUCGAGGUAACAUCUGUGAUAAGCGCACAACCAACCGACGAGAUGGAAGCGAAUUUCAUUUUAGCGCUAUAUUGUUCGUUGGGUGCACCAUUGGAGGACGAUUCUCGACUAGUGUUUGACGACUUCGUCAAAAACAUAACGGGAUUUCUUAAGGUCAAUGAUACUCCAGCUAAAAGAGCUACGUUAAAGUUCAUUCCAUCUCAAAAAGAAACAUGGUAUGAAUAUUAUUUAGAUGUUGAAAAUCAAAUUUGGAUACCGUGGAACACUCUUGUAGAUAAAUAUGAACAUAACUCUAGUAUAAAAUUUAAUGAAUUACUAGUGCCCACUGUUGAUUCAACUCGAGUCACGUGGUUACUUAAUCUUAUGACCAUCGUGAAACGUCCAGUGAUUUUAAUCGGAGAAACAGGAACAUCAAAAACAGCUACAAUGCAAAAUUUUUUAAGAUCAUUAGACUCUUAUCAAUACGCUCAAACAAGUUUGAAUUUUUCGUCCAGAACAUCAUCUUUAGACAUACAAACAAGUUUGGAAGCAAAUGUUUUUAAGCGAAACAAAAAUAUAUAUGGUCCAUCGAUUGGCAAAAAGCUCGUUUGCUUUAUUGACGAUAUGAACAUGCCUCAAGUGGAUACAUAUGGCACCCAGCAGCCAAUAGCGUUCUUAAAACUCUUUUUAGAGUUUGGAGGAAUGUACGAUCGUGGCAAAGAAUUUGAUUGGAAGUCUUUUGUUGAUGUUUAUUUAUAUGCAGCAAUGGGUAAGCCUGGUGGUGGUAGAAACGAAGUAGAUCAAAGAUUUAUUUCAAUGUUCUCUGUUUAUUGCAUGGUAUUUCCUUCAGACAAUACUAUAGAUCAUAUAUUCCGUUCCAUACUCUCGGGACACACAAAACAUUUUAACGAAGAAGUUAAAAUUUUAGUACCCAGUAUAUUAGAAAUGACAUUAAAGUUAUAUAAGAUAACUUUGGCGGAACUGCCACCGACUCCUAAUAAGUUUCAUUACAUAUUUAACCUUCGUGAUCUAAGUAGGAUCGUUAACGGAAUGCUUUUUACAAGCCCAUCAGUAUUUAACAAUGAAGUGAGUUUUAUUAGGGUAUGGAGAAAUGAAUUCACUCGUGUAAUAUGCGACAGGUUUAACAGCGAAAAAGACGAAGAGUUAAUGGCAUUACGAAUAUCAGAAAUAUUAGAAGAGUAUUUUCCAAACGAAAAGGAUGAAGUAUUAAUAAACCCAUUAAUCUUUGGUGACUUUAAAAAUGCUUUAAAUGAUGACGAUGAGAUUCGAUUGUACGAAGAUUAUAAAACGUAUGAUGUUGUAAAGAAAAUAUUUGAAGACAUUUUGAUGGAGUAUAACGAAAGAAACGAAAAAGUUGACAUGGUGUUGUUUAAUAUGGCGUUGGAACAUUUAACUAGAAUUCACAGAGUAUUGAAAAUGAAUUCAGGACACAUAAUGCUUAUAGGGGUAGGUGGAAGUGGUAAAGCAUUGAUGACUAAACUCGCAGCAUUUACUGCAGGUUGUGAAAUAUUUUCGAUCGUUUUAAGUAAAGGAUACAAUGAACUGGCAUUUAGAGAAGAUUUAAAAAAGUUGUUCCUAAUGUUAGGCGUGGAAAAUAAACUUACAGUUUUUUUCAUAACGCAAUCUCAAACUUCUGAAGAAAGUUUUUUGGAAAUUAUUAACAAUAUACUUAUGGUUGGAAUGGUACCAGCUUUGUUUACAAAUGAAGAAAAGACCGGUAUAACAAAUGACGUGAAAAAAGAUGCUAUUAACGCUGGUUAUGAAAAUUCUAAUGAUUCUUGUUGGACAUAUUUUUUAAGAACAUGUGUAAAUAAUCUUCAUGUGAUUCUAUCCAUGUUACCCGGAGAUGAACUCAGAACACGAUGUCGCAAUUUCCCAGGUUUGAUAAAUAAAACAUAUAUUAAUUGGAUUUUCCCGUGGCCAGAACAAGCAUUAUACGCUGUGGCCAAAACGUUUAUAGAUGAGGCAACGAAAAUACCAGAAAAUUAUAAAGAAAUCGUUAUUAAUGUUAUGGUUUAUACACAUCAAUCGUUAUAUGAUUAUAUAAAUGAUUUUUAUGUCAAACUGAAACGAAGAAAUUAUCUCACUCCUACUCAUUAUUGUGACUACAUAAAUUCAUAUUUGAAUUUAAUAAAUGAAAAAUCAAAUAGCAUUACACAACAGUGUGAUCGACUGUUAGUUGGUUUACGAAAAAUUGAAGAAGCUACUGCACAAUUAAUUAUACUUAAUAAACAAUUAGAAGUACAAAAAGUUGUUGUAGCCGAAAAAACGGUGGCAUGUAAAAAUAUUUUACAGGAAAUUUCUGAAGCUUCAAAAAAAGCAAAAUCAAAAAAAGAAACUGUUGUUGAAAUGACUAUUGAAAGUCAAGAAGCUGGAAAAAUAAUAGCCGAAGAAAAAGAAGAAGCCGAAAUAAUAUUAAACCAGGCGUUACCAACAUUAUUAGACGCCAGAGACGCGUUAAACAAUUUACAAAAAGGCGAUAUUACGGAAAUUCGGUCGUUCGCUACACCACCAGAGCCAGUGCAAGUUGUGUCCGAAUGUGUGGCAAUACUUCUUGGUUACAAAGAAGUUAAUUGGAAGGUGGCCAAACAAAUGAUGUCUGAUCCGAAGUUUUUAUCUUCAUUAAAAAACUUAAAUGUCGAUGAGCUGACUCUAAAACAGCAAUCUCAAAUCCGAGCUAAACUUAAGGCAUCAACAAAAAUGAGUUUAAUGAAAGACAUAAGUAAAGCAGGUUUUGGAUUGUUAUCUUUUGUUGAAGCGGUUCUGAAGUAUUGUGUUGUGUAUAGAGAAGUAAAACCUAAAAAAGAAAAAGUGAAAACACUCGAAAAUGACUUCAAACUAGUGACCAAUAUGUUAAAUAAACUCAACACUGAAUUGAAUAAUAUCAUGUCUAUGCUAGAAAAAUUGAAUGAAAAAUACAAAAAUGCAAUGCUUGAACAAGCAAUUAUUCAAGAAGAAAAAGAUCUCAUGGAACGAAGAUUUAUUGCAGCUGAUAAAUUAAUCAACGGUUUAAGUUCAGAAAAUCAAAGAUGGAAAAAUGAUUUAGCUCAUUUAAAACAAAGCAUGGAAAAAAUAAUAGGAAACUGUUUGAUGUGUUCAUCCUUUUUAGCAUAUACAGCACCGUUUUCUUAUGAAUUUCGAAUUGAUAUGUUAUUUGAGUGUUGGAAUAAAAAAAUAAUAGAAUCUGAAUUACCAAUAAGCAAUCCAUUUAAAAUUGAAGUUGAACUUUCUGAUGAAGUCACUAUUGCAACAUGGAACUCAGAAGGAUUGCCGUCUGAUGAUCUGUCAAUUCAAAAUGGUAUUCUUUCUACGAAAGCUAGUAGAUUUCCAUUGUGCAUUGACCCACAACAACAAGCAUUGAACUGGAUUAAACAAAAAGAAGCACCAAAUAAUUUAAUGGUACUAUCGUUCAGCGAUUCCGAUUAUUUAAAAUAUGUUGAAAAUGCCAUAAUAUAUGGCCAACCUAUACUGUUUCAAGAUGUAGAGUACAUUGAUCCGAUAGUUGAAAAUAUUCUUGAGAAAAAUAUAAAAACUGUUUCUGGUCGAAAGUUUGUGAUGUUGGGCGAUAAAGAAGUGGAUUAUGAUAGCAAAUUUUGUGUUUAUCUUACAACCAAACUAGCGAAUCCGUCUUUUUCUCCAUCCAUAUACACGAAAGCAACAGUUAUUAAUUGCUUAAUUACACAAAAUGGACUUGAAGACCAACUAUUGUGUGUGGUGGUUAAAAAUGAAAGGUCUGAUUUGGAGGAACAAAGUGAAUCGUUAGUAAUGGAGAUCAGCUCUAAUAAAAAAUUACUAAGAAAUCUAGAAGACUCACUCCUUCGUGAGCUAGCCAUGUCCACAGGAAACAUAUUGGACAAUGUUGAUCUUGUUGAAACAUUAGAGGAGACUAAAAUAAAAGCAACUGAAGUUAUGCAAAAAUUAUACUUGGCUACUAAAACUUCUAUAGAAAUCGAUGUACUUCGAAAUCAAUUCCGUCCAGCAGCCACUAGAGGGGCUAUAUUAUUUUUUGUGUUAGCGGAUAUGAGUACAGUUGAUGCAAUGUAUCAAAAUUCGCUUUCUAAUUAUCAACAAGUGUUCUGGGCAUCAUUAAAAAAAGCAAUGCCUAGCAAGAUACUAAAAAGAAGAAUUAUAAAUAUUAUUGAUACAUUUACUGAACAUUUUUAUAAGUAUGGAUGUACAGGUAUAUUCGAAAGACAUAAACUUUUAUUUUCCUUUCAAAUCACUGUGAAACUUCAAAUGAGUAUAAAGAAAGUGACAAUACCUGAACUUGAAUUUUUCAUCAAAGGAAAUGUUACGUUAGAUAAAAAUGUAGAAUACAUCAAUCCUAUUGGCUGGUUAACACCUCAAAAUUGGAAAGAUAUUGUCAAGUUAUCUAAUGACUUUCCAGAAAUAUUCUUGAAUUUGGACGAUCAUAUCAAAAACAAUACUAAUGAUUGGAAGAAUUGGUAUGAUCUAGAUAUGCCAGAGUCUUCAGAUCCACCUUUUAAAUUUUCAGGAAAUUUUGAAUCCUUUCAUAAACUUAUGUUACUACGAUGUUUUCGAGUGGAUCGAACAUAUCAAGCUAUUUACAAUUAUAUAGAUUUAGUGAUGGGUAAUGUGUACAUAACAACACCAAUUGUUGAUUUUGGUGUUAUAUACACACAAACCAAACCCACAAUCCCAGGAUUGUUUAUACUAAGCCCAGGAUCUGAUCCAACCGUAGAUUUAGAAAAACUAGCGAAUCGAUGUGGAUUAUCGUCAAAUAUGUUUCACUUUCUAUCGCUAGGGCAAGGACAAGAGCAAGUGGCACAAAAAUUAUUAAGUUUAGCAAUGACGAAUGGUUACUGGAUAAUGUUUCAAAAUUGUCAUUUAUUAAUAUCUUUUCUAUACGAUCUUGAAAAAAUAUUAGAUAGAUCAACUAAAAUCCAUCCAGAUUUUAGAUUAUGGUUAGCCACUGAAGCUACUCCAUCAUUUCCUGUGUCUGUUUUACAAAGAUCUUUAAAAGUUGUUACUGAGCCGCCGAACGGACUUAAAGCAAAUAUUCAAAAUACUUUUAUUAAAUUAAAACAAGAAACUUUAGAAAAAUGUACACACCCAUCAUAUACGUCUUUAAUAUAUGUUCUUGCAUUUUUUCACGCUGUUGUUCAAGAAAGAAGAAAAUACGAUAAAAUUGGUUGGAAUAUUCCUUACGAUUUUAGUGAAUCAGAUUUCACAGUUAGUGUACAAAUUCUUAUCAACUAUCUAAAUAAAACUUUAACUGAUGGCAUUGAAGCUCCACUACCGUGGGUUACUUUGAGGUAUUUAAUUGGAAAUGUCAUGUACGGCGGGCGUGUUAUUGAUGAUUAUGACCAAAGAAUUGUAAACACGUUCAUGAAACAAUACUUUGGAGAAUUUAUAGUUGAUAUAUUUCAAACAUUUUAUUUGUACCACGAUGACAAAGUUCAAUAUAAAUUAAUAGCAGUUGAUACAAAAGAAGAAUUCUUAAACGCGAUCGAGGAGCUACCUUCAACCAGUGGACCUGAAGUACUUGGUUUACAUAUGAAUGCUGAGAUGGGAUAUUUUACAAAAGCCUCAAGAGAUAUAUGGAAUAAUCUUCUAAAAUUACAACCACAAACUGAAUCAUCUAGUUCUGGGAUGAGUCGUGAAGAAUUAAUAGAUUCUGUUGCCGAAGAUAUAUUAAAAAAACUACCCGAUCUAUUCGCCAUCAGUGAUAUCAAAAAAUUUUAUGGAAAUAAGUUAUCACCCAGUACUGUUGUUUUACUGCAAGAAUUAGAAAGGUUUAAUUUACUGGUUGACAAAAUUAACGUUACAUUGACAAUGCUUCGAAAAGCUUUAUUAGGCGAAAUUGGAAUGGACUCUAUUUUAGAAAGCGUAUCGGUAUCACUAUACAACGGUCAAAUACCAAAUUCUUGGAUCAAACUAGCACCACAAACGUGUAAAAAUCUAGGUGGGUGGAUUGAACAUUUUGUAGCAAGAACUAACCAAUACAUUGAGUGGAGUAGUGAUGGGGAACCUACAGUUAUAUGGCUAGCUGGUCUUCAUGUACCUGAAUCAUAUUUGACGGCUAUCGUACAAAUGGCAUGUAGGCAAUAUGGUUGGUCAUUAGAUCAUUCUACUCUAUAUACAACUGUGACUCAAUACACCAAUGAAAAUGAAAUAGACAGUAUACCAAAAACGGGUUGUUAUAUAAGUGGAAUAUUUAUUGAAGGAGCACGCUGGGACUUGGGAAAACAAUGUUUAACUAGUUCGACAACAAAAGUAUUGAUUGAAAACCUUCCAAUCGUUUUGAUUGUACCGAUUGAAACUAGCAAACUAAAAUUACUUAAUACCGUUCGCACUCCAGUGUACACUACAUCACAGCGAAGAAAUGCAAUGGGUGUCGGAUUAGUAUUUGAAGCUGAUUUAAAAACUAGUGUUCAUAAUAGUUUUUGGAUUCUACAAGGUGUAUGCUUAUUGUUAAACGACGAUUAG